AUGUCGGCAAGAGAAUAUAUGAGAUUGGAAAAGUUGGGCGAAGGCACCUAUGCCACCGUCUACAAGGGAAAGGAACGAAGGUCUGGUGACAUUGUUGCCCUUAAGGAGAUCCACUUAGAUUCGGAAGAGGGUGCACCGUCCACGGCCAUUCGUGAAAUAUCCUUGAUGAAAGAACUGAAGCACCAGAAUAUUGUAAAGCUUAAAGAUGUAAUUCAUACCGAAAAUAAGCUUAUGCUUGUUUUUGAGUAUAUGGAUCAAGAUCUCAAAAAAUACAUGGAUACACACGGAAACCAUGGUGCACUGGAUCCGAUGACUAUCAAAUGGUUUAUGUAUCAAAUGUUAUUAGGAAUAGACUUCUGUCAUGAAAACAGGGUGCUUCAUCGUGAUCUGAAACCGCAAAAUCUUCUAAUUAACAAAGCAGGAAAUUUGAAACUUGCCGAUUUUGGUCUUGCACGGGCAUUUGGAAUUCCGGUCACUACUUUUUCAAAUGAAGUCGUCACUUUGUGGUAUCGUUCUCCGGAUGUACUUCUAGGAUCUCGUUCAUAUUCAACUUCAAUUGAUAUUUGGUCAGCAGGUUGCAUUAUGGCAGAAAUGUAUACUGGUCGCCCAUUAUUUCCCGGAACAACAAAUGAAGAUCAAUUAAUAAAAAUCUUUCGUGUCAUGGGUACACCUAAUGAAACCACAUGGCAGGGAGUAAGUCAAUAUUCAGACUACCACAAACAAUAUCCCCACUAUACUGCCCAAGAUAUGAGCAAAUUGCUACCUAUGAUCGACCGUCAUGGAAUGGAUUUGCUUACUCAGAUGUUGGUAUAUGAUCCGGAAAAGAGAAUAACAGCAAAGAAUGCACUGAAACAUGUAUACUUCCAUGAUCUGCUUGAUAUUGAUAAUUCUAACGUUCAAACUGAGGUUCCUCCAAUGCGGGUGCCAGUCCCUCCAAUGUCGGGAGUGCCAAUGCACUUGAGCGCUAUACCGACUGGUGUUAAUAUACAAGCAAUUCCAGGAGUUAACAUGCACAUGGUCCCUACAGGUAUUAAUAUGUCGAUGGGUGGAAUACAGCCAGUUCAGCCAAUUAUGGUAUCAACACAGGUGAUGCCAAUGAUAGGACAUCCACCGAAUGCACCGCAAGCGCAACUGAUAAGUCAUCCGCCGCAUCCUCCUAAUGGAUCUCAGCAAGCACCGAUGAUGCCUCGAAGAAAUCAUAUGCAUAAUAAUUAUGGAAUUGAAUGA